AUGCGCCUGGUGGGGGUGGCCAACGGGGUGAGCGCCGUAGUGGCGGCCGAUUUGGACGACGAUGGCGACCACGAUCUGGUGGUUGCCGUCAGGGUUGCCGACUCUGUGUGGUGGUAUGAGAACGUCGACGGCAAUGGAACGUAUGGACCGGCUCGGGUGGUGUGCGCCGUGUGUGACGGUGCCGAGGGCGUGGCGGUCGGUGACUUUGACGACGACGGCGACAUCGACGUGGCCUCGGCCUCAUCUAGUGACAACUGCAUCCGCUGGCAUCGCAACAACGACGGUCUCGGCGGCUCGUGGACCACCUUUUUGCUCAUGUCUGGUGCGAGCGGUGUGCGGUCGGUGGUGGCUGGCGACGUCAACAGCGACGGCUUGACCGACUUGGUCUCGGCCACCCGCAACAGCGGGUCACUUGUGUGGCUGCGGAACAACGGCGGGCUCGGGUCGCCGCUAAUCAUUGCCAGCGGCCUCGGGAGGCCAGGUGCGCUGAACCUGGGUGACAUUGACGGCGACAACGACGUCGACGUUGCCGCCGUCUGCGAGAACGACAACGAGGUGGUGUGGGCAGAGAAUACUGGCGGUGCCGGACUGGUGUGGACCGUCCACCGGCUGAUCGGCUCGCUCAAGAACCCGUCUUCGGUGGCAAUAGCCGAUUUGGACGGAGACGGUGACCUGGACCUCACGGCCUCGGCAUACUUUGGCAACGCGCUAGUCAUGUUUAAGAACAUCGAUGGUCGUGGCAGCUUUGGGCCGCUCCUCGUGGUCUCGGCCAAUGUAGACCGGCCAUACCAGGUUGUGACGGAGGAUUUGGACGGCGACGGCGACAUCGAUCUGGUAGUGGCCACCAAUAGUUGGUCGACCAGUGAUGUGGUAUGGUUUGAGAACCGCGACGGACACGGCUCCUUUGGUGGGACCCGAGUGGUCUCAUUCGGCCAUCAAGGGUCGUCGUCGGUGGCAGUGGCAGACCUGGACGGCGACGGAGAUCGUGACAUUGCCGCCGCGUACUUUAACGACGACGUUGUAGGCUGGUUUGCAAACAGCCUCGAGGCAAACCGCGAGUACUAUGCCGCAACCGACAACGUGGUGACCACGAUUGUUGACGAGCUCAGCGAGAUGGUUGUUGUGGACAUUGAUGGCGACGGCGACCGCGACGUCGUCUUUUCGGUCCAGGAGUUUUUCGGCUGGGUGGAGAACGUAGACGGCACCGGCACCUUCGCACCUUUCGUCGCCAUCGACUCUACCGGAUUUGGCGGCGCGAGCCAGCUAGCUUACGGCGACAUUGACUUGGACGGCGACAUCGAUGUGGUCUCGGUCACGUCGACAGGCGUGCUUGCGUGGUACAGCAACGACGGUGGCAAGGGUGUAGCUUGGACGCAGCAGGUGAUCAACUCCGCCGAAACGAACAACAACUAUGCACUCGCCACAGGCGAUGUCGACGGCGACGGGUGGUGCGACCUUGUGGCCGCCAGUAUGGUCGACGACGAACCACUGGUUUUGUACAAGGGCUCGGCGAGCGGGUGGACGACGGUGGUGGUGGCGGAGACAACCAAGCACUUUCGCAAGUUGGCCCUUGUUGACCUCGACAGCGACGGCAUUCUUGACUUGGUGGCGUGCAACAAGUCGGAAGUGUACUGGUUCCCCAACAUCGGCGGCGAGUUCGGGGCUGGCAUCCAGAUCGAGGCUGACACUGGAGCGUUUGUGAUGUCGGUGGCGACGAGCGACAUCGACAGCGACGGCGAUGUCGAUCUGGCGUUGACUAGCGGCACCUCGGUCCAUUGGUACGAGAACAUUGACGGUGCUGGGACGUUUGCCGCAGCGCGUGUGCUGGCGGUCGGGACGAAUGCAAACGACGUGACGCUGGCCGACAUGGACGACGACGGCGCUGUGGACAUGAUUGUCUCUCGCAGCGACAAGGUGUAUCUGUACCCUAACCUCCACAACGCGAGCUUUGGUGGUGGGCAACUACUCAAGACGGUCGCCUCAGAGGCAUGGAUCAGCGUGGCCAUCGACAUCGACGACGACGGUGAUCUCGACUUGGUGGUCGGCGCCGACAACGGCAUUGCGCACCUGGUCUUACAAACCUCGCGCAGCCCGUUCAAGGUCACAUAUGAGCCGACCGAGCGGGGGCUGGAUGAUCCGAUGUGCGUUCGUGGAAACGCGACGGCUGUUGCGUGCUGGGGGGCAUCGCUGGCUCGCCUCUCCAAGUGCACGACCGACACGCUUGCUCUUCCGCCCGGAGAGUACGACUGCCCUCGGCUGAGCCACGUUCGCGAGCACCGGCGCUCAAUCCGAAUAGCAGCAGCUGAAGCGAGCACCGUGAACUUUGCUUGCGAUGGCAGGGUGUUGUUUCAAGUCGGCGCAGAUGAGGACUCGGUCGGCCAAGUCGAGGUUGUGGGCAUCCGGAUCAAGGCAACCGGGAGUGUGGCCACGGUCGACGGGGUGCCGGGCCUUCGUGUGGACGCUGCCGGCGGUCGACUUGUUCUGCGCAACGUGACGAUAGAAGGCGGGACGUCGACGGCGCGCCCGACGCUUCUCUCGGGCGGCACCGGCGGGUGCGCGCUGGCGGUGAACGGCGGGACGAUCGAGGUGAUUGACUCUGUUGUGAGUGGUUGCACAGCGUCGGGGAGUGGCGGGGCGCUAGCCUCGGUCGGCAUUGGAAGCACAAUCCAUGUUGUCCGGUCCGAGAUCUCAGACUCGGUGGCUGGCGGGCUCGGCGGAGGGCUGGCGGUCAUUGAUGGUGGGCUGGCGACGCUCCACUCGGUCGUCGUGGCACGCAACUCUGCCGAGGAGGGUGGUGGGCUGGUGGUGGCUGACGGAACGGUAGUGGCAUGUGAAGCGACGAUGACGGCCAACCGCGCAAGCAGGUCUGGCGGCGGCGCGCGAGUCCUAGCCGGCGGCAUGCUCAAUACGAGCAGCAGCACGUGGGAGGCGAACACGGCCGGCGUGGCUGGUGGCGGGCUGAUGGUGGCGGUAGGCGGGCUAGUGAGCCUGGAGUCGGACACGCUGACGGCGAACGCCGGUGUGAUCGGCGGUGGGCUUGCCGUCGGGUCGCAGCCAGACGCGGCCGCGGCCGCGGCGACUGUGGCUGAUAUUCCGACAGCGGCGUCAACGUACGGCAUCGACCGUAGCUCAGUCGCCAGUAUUUCCUUGGUCGAUGUGGUGCUGAGCGCAAACACAGCGAGCAAGGUCGGUGGCGGGCUGUUUGUGUGUGAGGCGCGGAUCAAUGUGGCUGGCGAUGCGACCAAGUGGGAGGGCAACACGGUCGGGUUCUCACCUUUGGUGCGAUCGUCGGGCGACGCGUUUGUGUGCGCGGCAAUCGAGAGCGGCGGCAGCGGGUGGAAACGCGACGUAGCCGACAUGUUGCCGUGGCUCCGGAUUGAGCGGGAAGUCUUUGACAGAGACGGAAGAGGGUGGGAGAUCCAUGGCCCGAUGGCGUCGCUGGCGUGGGUUGUAGCCCCGCCCGAGCGCGUGGAGGCCGGAGGGCGGGUCGCUGCAAGCAUUGUGACGCGCGACUGGCUAGGUCAAGACGUGGUGUAUGAGACAAGUGUGGUGGCGACGACGUUUGCGGCGUCGGCGGUGCUGGAGCCUUUCGAUCUCCCAGACACGCUACUGGAGACGAUUGUAGUGGCGCUUCCCGAGGCUGUGCUCGGAGUGGCGGACGUGGAGGAGGCGCCCGGGCGUGUUGUGAUCUUGGUGGAGGCGGUGACGGACGGAAGCGGUCGCGGACUUCGAGUGGCGGGCCUGGAUGCUGGUAUUGAGAUCACGGGCUGUGGUAUUGGCCGCGGUGCUGUUGUUGCGGAUGGAGUGACGACGUGCGUAGCGUGCGGACCGGGGACUGACUCGCCGGACGAGUCGUUUGGCGCAUGCGAAGGCCUCGGCGAGUGUCCGAUCAAUGCACUGCGGUUGCAGACGAACGCGACAAACGAGCCGUGCAUGUGUGCGCCCGGUUUCUGGAGCCGGGACGGACAGGUGAACGUGGCGUGCGAGGCGUGCCCUGUGGGAGGCCGGUGCGAUGGAGGACUGAGCCGGCCCGUGGCGCAACCGGGCUUCUACCCGGAUGCUGGAAACCCGACGCUGUUCUUGGCGUGCCCGAAUGCGGGCGCAUGUGUGGGAUCGGGGGCGUGUGCCGAAGGGUAUGUUGGGCGACUCUGUGCCGAGUGUCGAAGCGGAUACUAUCGGCUCCGCGGGCAGUGCUUCAAGUGUCAGACCGGGCUGAACGGGGCCGUGACGGGGCUGCUUGUGAUCGGCGCUGCAGUGGUCGGCGCGGUGCUUGUGGGCUUCAACCUCGCGGAGAGCGUGCGGUACAAGUUUGCGGCAGUGAUGAUCGGGCUCAACGCGCUGCAGAUCUCUGCGCUGUACGGCAAACUCGAUCUGGACUGGGGCGAGUUUGCGGCGGUGUACUUUGACAUCAUCUCAUCGCUCAACCUCAAUCUCGAGCUGACAAGUCCUGAGUGCAGCCUGGCGGCCGGGACGGAUGUGUGGGUGGCCAAGCUUGUGCUGACGCUGCUGCUCCCGGUGUUGGCCGUGUGCGUGCUGGUUGCGGUGGGGCUGGGGUUUUGGUGCGCGAUCAAGGCACGCGUGCGAUGGUUUGCCGGCAAGAACCGGGCGCAGCUGGUGGCUGCCGUCCAGCGGGCGUGGUUCCAGUUUCUUGUCCUCCUUUACCUCCCGCUGACGAGCGCGGCGCUCUCGGUCUUUGGCUGCCGGCGCGACGAGGCUCGGCGGUGGGUGCUUGACGCCGAUCCGGUGCGGAGCUGCUACAAUAGCGCAUGGUGGGCGGGCCUGUUCCCGAUCGGGCUCGCCGGCGUCGGUGCGUAUGCGCUGGCGAUGCCGGGGAUGGUGGUAUGGCUACUCUCACGGCGACGCGCGACUAUGGACGUGGUCACCUUUACGUUGCGGUACGGGUUUCUUGUUGGGCGGUUUGCGGUCGAUUCGUGGUGGUUUGAGGCGGCGAUUAUGGCGCGGAAGCUAUCUGUGGUCGGGUGCAUGACGUUCUUCUUUACCGACGACGGCAAGGCCAACGCGGCGGUGUUUGCGCUGGCGGGCAGUCUGCUGCAGCUGGUCAUGACCCGGCCGUAUCUGGCGCGGAUCCACAACCAAGUGGCGGUUGUAGUCCUCUGUGCCACCAUGUCUGUCCUCUACGCUGGCACCUUUGCGGAUCGGACGUUCCGGCGGGUCGGCGUCGCCGCCGGCAUCGCCGUCAACCUGGCCGCCAUCGUCGGCGGAACAGCGCUCGACGUGUGGCGGAUGGCGCAAAGCGAGAAGGCGGCCGAGACCCUCAUGUUCCAGCCGGGCUCUUUCCACAUGGACACAGAGGUCGAGGUCGAGGAUCCAGUGGCUGCCACGGGGACGUUCACCACCACCGUCGAGCUCGACAUCCUCGGUCAGCCCGAGAUGGGCUCGAGUCCGGCCUCCUCGCUCGGUCCUUUCGCGACCGAGGGCUCGUCGAUUUCGACCGCAGUGGCUUGCUCGACGCCUGGUCCCGGCCCGCCGACCGGCCCGCCGACCGUCGUCUCGUCAGCGGCGAUGCUGUCACUGCCGUCGGCAGGUGCCGAGGACUCAGGCACCUUGACCACAGUGGGUGUGGAUUCAGAGUGA